UAUUUCUAUUAGAAACAAUGUGAGAUCCUUGCUUAUAUCAAUGAUUGAUUAACAUUUACAUCAACUGCGUUAUUACUACACGGGAAACAAAAACUUCAGAUGAAGGGAUUUCACACAACUACUCCAGAAUUUGUUUUAAGAGUUUACUUAACUUUAAUAAAGCCUUUAGUUACCAUUUGGAUGACGAUAACUGCCUUAAAAUAAAGUGACGCAAUAUAAAGGAACACACACUGCAACAAAAUAAAGUCUAGAAACUCCCUGCUGAGAACUCACACCUCUUACAGGGUUACUGCAUCAUCACAGAAAUAUUACACUGACUUCUUAAUGUGCAUCUGUGUAUGUGUAUGUGUGCGUGUGUGUGUUGAGUCAGUUGAUGUUGUGGAGACAGACAACUAGUAUUUAGGACAUGUGAAAUGUGUCUUCCUAAAUAUACUCAGAGGUUAAAUUUACUGCAGCCAAACUAAGUGUGCCAGUGCAGUGCAUUGAGACCACUUGGUGGGAAGUCAUUUGGAGCAUUUACUCAAGUAAACUGUGAGACACUUAUACUUUAUCCGGUAGUUGGUAAGUUUUGUUUUCCUUUUCAAGCAAAGAAUGUGGAAUAUAACAGCUGCACUAUCAAUUCUGCAGCUAUGUAUUAAAAUCCUCACCUGUAGUUGGCCAAGUUUGUGAUAACACUCACGACCCCCAUUCACUUGACAUGAACUCACUUGCGACCGUGAAAACAAAUGCAUGCAUUGCACUGCACCAAACCUUAUGGUAUUCAGUAUUUGUUAAAAAUAACCGAGUGAAUGCAAACGUGUCUUAGUUUUGGAGAGAAUCGUAUUAUGUUAUUAUCUGAUAAUCCCAUUUUAGUCAGCGGGCUGUGAAAAAGCACUUAUGUUUAAUUUAAUCCACUUUAACAGCUGAACUACCACCUUUCUUACACUGUUUCAUCAUAAACUGGACAUUAUAACAGAAAGUAAUGAAAGUGGGAUUUAGUGCUGGACUGUUAUAUCAGAAUACAUUCAUUUUCACUAGUGUACCUAAUGUUUUGACCUGUGAGUGUAAUUAUAGUUACAAUAGUCAGAUAUGUAUAGUUAUAGACUAAUAUGGAGUUUCUUCCAUGUGGGACUUCUGCAUGUUGGUUGUAUUUAUCCCAGCGCAGUGUUCAGAUCAUACACAUAUGGGAUGCGAGAGACGCCAGCGCGCAUGCGCGGCGUCAUCGUAGUCAUCUGACGGGUGGGCUCUGUGGACGUUUCGCAGCGGCUCCGGUACAUCGAGGGCCACCGCUGUUUACACGGAGCGGGACUCGGACAGCCUCCGCGAGGGGACCAUCCACCGCGGCGGAUAACACGAGCGUUCAGUUCGCGUUCGGCGAGAAGCCACAGAGUCGACCCGCGGGGAGGGUUUUUUUUUUUUUUUUUUUUUGUGGAGGUUUGCAGGCGGCGAAGUUUCUCCUGCGAUGUAGCCGAGCAGCGCAGCGGAGUGCGGGGGUCGUUGUGUGAAUCGCUCGGUGGCUGCAUGGCUCUUCCCAGGGAUGCCAUGAAAAAAAAGACACAGUGAGUGACCGAGAGACCGCUGCUGCUCCUCGCUAUCGCGGACGCGGUGGUGGCGGUGGAGGCGAUGGAUGCUGGUGAAAAGGUCCACGUCAGGUAGCACUCACGAAGAUCCAGGGAGAGCUGAACGUCUCUGUCGCACAGUCGAGUCGCCGCCGGGGCUGCCUAAAGGAUGGAUUUCACCCUGCUCCGGAAUAUCAUCCGCAGAUACUGUGUGGGGGAGGAGAACUGGGUGGACAGCCGGACGGUGUACAUCGGGCAUAAAGAACCCCCGCCGGGAGCCGAGGCCUACAUCCCUCAGCGAUAUCCCGACAACCGCAUUGUCUCCUCCAAGUAUACCUUCUGGAACUUCAUUCCCAAGAACCUCUUUGAGCAGUUUAGAAGAAUCGCUAACUUCUACUUCUUGGUCAUAUUUUUGGUUCAGCUUAUCAUCGACACCCCCACCAGUCCAAUCACCAGCGGCCUGCCCCUCUUCUUUGUUAUCACUGUCACCGCCAUAAAACAGGGUUAUGAGGACUGGCUCAGACACAAGGCUGACUGCUCCAUAAACGAGUGUCCGGUGGACGUGGUGCAGCAGGGGAAGGUGGUGAGGACACAAAGUCACAAGCUACGGGUGGGGGACGUCGUCAUGGUGAGGGAGGACGAGACUUUUCCCUGCGACCUCAUCCUCCUCUCCUCCAGCCGCUAUGAUGGGACCUGCUAUGUCACCACCACCAGCUUGGACGGGGAGUCUAGUCACAAGACCUAUUAUGCCGUACCAGAUACCAUGGCCUUUAGAACAGAGCAGGAGGUGGAUUCGCUACAUGCCACUAUUGAAUGUGAACAACCACAGCCUGACCUCUACAAAUUUGUGGGACGCAUCAAUAUUUACAAGGACAAAGAGGAGCCCGUGGCAAGACCACUUGGGGCUGAGAACUUGCUCCUUAGAGGAGCCACACUGAAGAACACACAACAUAUUUAUGCGGUUGCAGUCUACACUGGCAUGGAGACAAAGAUGGCGCUGAAUUACCAGUCUAAAUCUCAGAAGCGCUCUGCUGUAGAAAAGUCGAUGAAUGCCUUCCUGGUAGUGUACUUGUGCAUCUUGAUCAGUAAAGCAGUGAUUAACACUGUUCUGAAGUACGCCUGGCAGUGGUCUCCUGACCGAGACGAACCCUGGUACAACCACCGGACAGAAGCCGAGCGCCAGCGCCACGUGGUGAUCCGGGCCUUCACAGACUUCCUGGCCUUCAUGGUCUUGUUCAAUUACAUCAUCCCGGUGUCGAUGUACGUAACGGUGGAAAUGCAGAAAUUUCUAGGCUCCUACUUCAUCACCUGGGAUGAGGACAUGUUUGACGAAGAGCUGGGAGAGGGGGCCCAGGUGAACACCUCUGACCUGAAUGAAGAGCUGGGACAGGUGGAGUAUGUGUUCACUGAUAAGACAGGCACUCUCACUGAGAACAACAUGGAGUUUAUUGAAUGCUGCGUCGAUGGGAACGUCUACAUCCCGCAUGCAAUCUGCAACGGCCAAAUCCUCAGCGCUGCCUCCAGUAUAGACAUGAUUGAUUCUUCACCUGGAGGAUACAGGAGAGAACACGAGGAUCUGUUUUUCCGGGCGUUGUGUCUGUGCCACACGGUGCAGGUGAAGGAGGAGGAGACGGUGGACGGCAUCAAGAGAGGCAUUCACCAGGGCAGGCCUACCUCCUUCUACAUCUCUUCGUCACCGGACGAGGUUGCUUUGGUUGAAGGCAUGAAAAGGCUGGGUUACACCUAUCUGAGACUGAAAGACAGCUACAUGGAGAUCCUCAACAAAGAUGAUGAGAUUGAAAGGUUUGAGCUGCUGCACGUACUGAACUUCGACUCUGUCAGGAGGAGAAUGAGCGUCAUAGUCAAGUCGAGCUCAGGAGAGUACCUGCUGUUCUGCAAGGGUGCAGACUCGUCGAUUUUUCCACGGGUGGUGUCUGGGAAGGUGGAGCAAGUGAAAGCGCGGGUGGAGCAGAAUGCUGUGGAGGGGCUGCGGACUCUGUGCGUCGCCUAUCGAAGGCUGUCAGCGUCUGAGUAUGAGGAAGCGUGUCAUCACUUGAAUGACGCCAAGCUGGCCCUGCAGGACAGGGAGCAGAGGCUGGCGCAGGCCUGUGACAUCAUUGAGAGGGAUUUUGUCCUUUUGGGAGCUACGGCCGUGGAGGACAGGCUCCAGGAGAAAGCCGCAGACACCAUCGAGUCACUGCACAAAGCUGGGAUGAAGGUUUGGGUCCUGACGGGGGACAAGAUGGAGACGGCGUCGGCCACGUGCUACGCCAGCAAGCUGUUCCGUCGCAGCACGCAGAUCCUGGAGCUGACCAAAAAGCGCACGGAAGAGCAGAGUCUGCACGACGUUCUGUUCGAGUUAAACAGGACCGUUCUCAGACAGCGCUCUAUUUCUGGGUUGUCAGUAGACUGCCUCGACUUCGGCCUGAUUAUCGACGGCGCCACGCUCUCCGCAGUGCUGAAGGCCAACCAGGAGGGCGCUGGCCACGGCAACUACAGAGAGAUCUUUUUAGAAAUCUGCCGCAACUGUAGCGCGGUGCUCUGCUGUCGCAUGGCGCCGCUGCAGAAAGCGCAGAUUGUGAAGCUGAUUAAAGCGUCCAAGGAACACCCCAUAACCCUUGCCAUUGGCGAUGGAGCCAACGAUGUCAGCAUGAUACUGGAAGCGCAUGUGGGCAUUGGCAUCAUGGGUAAAGAAGGCCGACAGGCAGCGAGGAACAGCGACUACGCCAUCCCGAAGUUUAAACACCUGAAAAAGAUGCUACUCGUUCACGGCCACUACUACUACAUCCGAAUUGCUGAGCUUGUUCAGUACUUCUUCUACAAGAAUGUAUGCUUCAUCUUUCCUCAGUUCCUGUAUCAGUUCUUCUGUGGGUUCUCCCAACAGCCUCUCUACGACACGGCUUAUUUGACGCUGUACAACAUCAGCUUCACCUCGCUCCCCAUCCUCCUGUACAGCCUGGUGGAGCAACAUGUCGCCAUGGAGACUCUGAAGAGGGAUCCCUCCUUGUACAGGGACAUCGCUAAGAACUCCCUCCUCCGCUGGCCUGUUUUCCUCUACUGGACGUGCCUGGGUGUGUUUGACGCGGUUAUCUUUUUCUUUGGUGCCUACUUCCUGUUCGACAACACCACCUUCACCAGCAAUGGCCAGCUUAUGACCACCAACACACAGAUGAUGUUUGGGAACUGGACGUUUGGGACCCUCGUCUUCACUGUGCUGGUGUUCACCGUUACCCUCAAGCUCGCCCUGGACACACACCACUGGACCUGGAUCAAUCACUUUGUCAUCUGGGGCUCAUUACUUUUCUAUGUUAUUUUCUCUCUUCUCUGGGGUGGUAUCAUUUGGCCCUUCCUGAACUACCAGAGGAUGUACUACGUGUUUAUGCAGAUGUUGUCCAGCGGUCCGGCCUGGCUCAGCAUCAUCCUCCUUAUUACUGUCAGCCUGCUGCCAGAUGUCAUCAAGAAGAUCCUCUGCAGAGCCAUGUGUCCCACAGCCACCGAACGUGCACAGGAACAUGAGAAGCUGUUGCCGGGUGGCGUGGCUGAGAUGACUCCACUGUCCUUCCGCAGAUCCUACAAAAGCAUGAGCCCGGACUCCUCUCACCUCCAUCUCAGCCCUGCAGAGACGCUGUCGCUCCGUAGGUCCGACCCCCUUCCCCACAAACUCCUGGCCCACUUGGCAGAAGGAGGAGGGGCAGACUUGUGCUCGCUCAGCCCCUACAUGCUCCGUCUCUCAGGGGCAGGAUUCGCCUACUACGCUCCAGGACCAGAGACCUCCGUCUGAACUCAGACAGACACUGACACUUCGUGUGAUCUCGUGGGCUCAAAUACACAGAACAUCACAGGAUGUGUGACGAAGAUCUGCGACUCAAGGAUCGAGGAAGACGCAAAGGUGUUCUAACACAUCCGUAGCAUGGACCCCAUGCUGAGUUUCACCAUGUGCAUUUUCUGGGCUACAUGUGAAUGGACAACCCUUUAGAUACUAUCGCCCCGACUCGUCAUUCUCGUACUCAUUUUUUAUUUUUAUCUGUUUUUCUUUUUGCUCCGGCGUAGACCAUGAUACAGUCUCAUCAAAGUUCCCUGUCAAACAUUUUAAGUCACAGGGCACCAUGUGCGAAGAUGUCUCUUGCACUCUGGAACUGUCCUGAAUGAACAGUCAUUUUUUUUUUUGUAUUUGUUCAUUUUCAGUCUUGCUUGUUCCUCCGCCAUUUUUUUUUAUUUUUAUUUUUUUUAAUUAUUAUUAUUAUUAUUGCUUCUUUGUAAAUGCUCGUCAUUUACAAAACAUUUCUGUACAGUAUGUGGUCCGGCCAAGUAAGGGGUAGCCGUCAAGCUCAGCCCUUUAGGUGUGCGUGCGUGUGCAUGUGCGCGAGUGUACGCAUGAAUUUGCCUGUUGUACGUUUGUAUAUGUGACACACCUUUGCCUUAUAGGUAACCACACAGCAGCAAUGGCAGCCUAGGAGCCAAAGGAGAAAGGUGUAAAAAAAAAAAAAAAAAAAGUGAAGAAGUGUUGUAUUACAAAGCCUUACACACACACACACACACACACACACACACACACACACACACACACACAUACACAUCAGCUGAAGGAGACACAUGGGGGGAAAAAAUCUGAAGAGGGAUGUGCAGUAUUUUAGCCACCCUGCCUUAAUUCAUAGUUACACAUUUUCUAGGUCAAUUUCAACACGUUUGUGGGAGUACGAGGAGGUUCGGAGGGCAUGUAUGUCUGGUACAGUGUGUCUAUUAUUCCUCUUUCUGCUUUCUUUUACCCUCACGCUUGUGUCAAGCUUUGUAAUCCUUCUUAUCUGUCAGUGUAGCAUGUCGGAUCUCUCUGCAUGCUGAUCUGUUCUUCCCCCUCCGGUUGUUCCUCAUCCUCCCUUUUGUCCCGGGCAUCAUUCAUCACGAAACACAUCGUGGCGCUUUUUUCCUUUCUCCUGAACAGUCGCCUCUCCCGCCGCCACUCGGCUGCUGUUCCUCCCUCCCUGUUGCAUCGUGCUUGUGUGUGUUUUUGCUGCCGAGCUCUGUGUCAUGCAAAAGUUAACGGAAGAAUGUCAUGUUGUUGAAGGUGGUUGUCUUCUCUGUUGCAUUGACCCAUGAGUUAUUUUCUUCUGAAAUUAUUGAUGUCAGUCAUUGUUGUGUACGGGUGUAACUUAAUUAAUUUUUGAGACGACGGCGGGUUGAAGGUAUAGUUUGUUGUGUGAGGAUGGAGACUUGAAUCGGCGAUGUCACAAUCAAAUCAAUGAGAAUGUUGAACUGACUUGUCCAUCAUGUCCUCCAGCGGAAGAUUGUAGCUCAUCAUGGACGAACCUCUUUUCUGCAUUUCUAACAUCUGAAGUCCUCUCUUUUUUUUUUUUUCCAAAGCGGUCAGGUUACAUAGCAAGAGACUGACUCCGGGAGUCUUGAAUGUGAGAUUCUGAAGCAUUUUUCUUAUAUAUACAUAUAUACACACAUAUAUAUAUAUAAUGUUUAUACAGUUUAUUUUCAUACACAUCACCAUCUGCCAACAUGUAUAGAUUUAAAAACAAGGUGUUCAGUAUUUUUUUACCGGGGCACAGAAGAUUUAUGUGUUUGGUGGGAGGUCUGGAUUUGUCCCUUUUAGUUUUGACUCAAGUCUCCGCAAGUGUUUUCAGCACGGAGGCUCCACAUCCUGACCUCAGUCGUUUUAAAGUAAAGACCUUUGGUGCUUGUAACGCAGUGUCCCACCUCACUGUGCCAUUGCCAUGUUGUCAUGUACCACUCCUGCUACAAUAAUGCUGUAAGGUCUAUUCAACUUUCACAAUGUGACGGGGAAUUCUUUGUAGUUAUUAUUCAAACACUUUUUUUUUUUUUUUAGUAGCUCAAAUUUCCACAAUUUUUUUGUGUCAUUUUUUUGUGUUUUCCAUAGUGGAUAUUUCUUUUACUACUUUUGUAUCUCAGAGACAAGACUAUAUUUUAACUCUGUUAGAAUGUGUGUUCGAGUUUGUAACCAAAAUGAGAGUAAAAUAUAUGUUAUAUGAUUCAUUAGAGAUUUACCAAUAGUUCUACACACUGCACUUUGUCUCACAACAGAUCAGUUUUACCCUAAAAACAAGGUCUAUUGUCUGUCAACUUGGGGUUUAUAGUUCACUCUUCCUCACAAGUUAUUUUUCUAUGAAGAUUGUUGUGGAUGAGAAACAAACAAACAAACAAAAAAAAGAAGUGACCAAAUAACUUGACUAGGAAUGAGCUGUCUGCAGGUGUCAGCCUCUGUCUCGAUGGGUUUAUCACACCAGCCUUCUAACUGCUGAUCAGAAUGUCAAACUGCUUUUUCUAAGUCCAUCAGCACAACAGCAGGUGCUCAUCCUGUCACUCCUGAGCUUGGCAAAGGUCUGAAACGUCUGUGCUCUGAGCGGCACGCUUCAUAUCAUAACUUUAGUAUGGCACUGUUUGUAUUACUAAACAGGUUUUGAGAAAUUACAUUAUUUUAUUUUUUUUUUCCGUUUGUUUUUGGGAAAAGAUUUUAAAAGUUCACUUGUUGACUUUUUGCCAGCCUGUCUGUAGCAAACAAGGGCAACGCACUGUAUUGUCAUUCUGCUUGUAAUAAAGAAAGCGUGAAAACUGU